GGAUGAUUGAGUAUGAAGAACCUGAGACUGGAUUUUUUGUAUCGCAAUCGGAUUUGAUUCCAUUUGUCCUGAGAAGCAACACAAGUCGUCCACUUACAAUGACAGGAGCCCCCACGAGCUGUGACUCCACCACGCCUGGUGAGAAUUGGCCGACAGCGUAGUCUCCUCUGUGAAGAACUACUGUAAUAAUGCUUUUCCCUUGCUCUGCCGAGCAGCCAUUGCUGGGAUCUUCCUGCGUCCCCAGGACUGUCCUCAGGCUCCUUCCCCUCGCCCUGCUGCUGCCCUGGGUGACAGCCACAACCCUUAACUGCCACAAGACCUGCAUCUGCGCAAGCAACAUUGUGAGUUGCUCCAAGAGGAAUCUGACCACCAUUCCCACCACCCUGCCCGCAUAUACCGCUGUACUGGAUGUGAGCUACAACAGCAUCGACAGGCUGAGCGCCCAAUGGACCACGGUUCCGCUGCCCAAGCUCCACAACCUGCUCCUCAGCCACAACGGCCUGAACUUCAUCUCCACCGAGGCCUUCCUGUACGUUACCCACGUGCGCUACCUGGACCUGUCCUCCAACAGCCUGCGGCAGCUGGAAGAGUCAAUGUUCGAGCCCCUGAAGUGUCUGGAGGUGCUGCUGCUCUACAAGAACUGCAUCACCCAGAUCGACCGCUCGGCCUUCUCAGGCCUCGACAACCUGCAGAAGCUCUACCUGAGCCAGAACCAGGUGUCGCGCUUCCCUCUGGAGCUGGUCAAGGGGAAGACGCAGCUGGAGAAGCUCAGCUUGCUGGACGUCUCCUCCAACAGGGUCAAGAACCUGCCCAUUCAGGAGCUCAAGGUCCUGCAUGCGUGGAUCAAAAAUGGACUCUACUUUCACGACAACCCCUUUGCCUGUAACUGUGACCUGUACAACAUGCUGGCCCACUGGCACAUUCGGCAGCUUACUUCCGCAGUCGACUUCAAGGACGACUACACCUGCGUCCUGCCGGGCCCGCAGAAAACAACGGUGGCCGUCUUUGACCUGAACAAGGACUACCUGAACUGCAGCACGGUCAAGGCAGAGGACCAAGAGACCUACCUGGAACAACCUCUCACUCUCAACUGUGACACUCGACACAGGGUCAUGAACAAGACCUGGAUGAUUCCUGGGAACGUGCUGGUGACCCCCGGAGGAAACCACAGCGCCAAGCUCCUUAAAGACGGCAGACUGGAGAUCGCCUCGGUGCAGCUCGAGGACUCCGGAAUCUACACGUGCUUCGCUGUGAGCGAGGUGUUCAAUGAGACCCUCUAUGUGACGGUGAAGGUGCACAACUUCACCCUUGACGGCAGCAGCGAGACCCUGAAUACGGCUUACACCACGCUAAUCGGCUGCCUGGCCAGCGUGAUCCUGGUGCUCAUCUACCUGUACCUGACGCCCUGCCGCUGCCCCGGCCACAGCAAGGCCAAGAGCCAGCAGGAGGACAGCAUCCACUCUUCCAUGCUCAGCGCCACGCCCUCCCACGAGGACCUGGCCACCAAGGCCGGCCUCAGCAGGCAUGUGGCUUUCAUCGACACCAAGGACCUACAGGGGCAGAACGGGAAGGUCAAACCCGCCGCAGACGAGGAGCGGGAUGGCCGUCGGGACAGGGGCCAGAGGAAGAAGUCGGACGCGGAGUCCAUCAGCUCCGUCUGCUCGGACACCCCCAUCGUGGUCUGAGUGUGCCCCCCACACCCACUUCAGUGGAUGCGUCUUCCAAAUGGGACAUAUCAAUGGAUGUAUGGCACCCUCUGUUGGGUGUGAGUUCCUGGAAUUGGGGUACACAAGGGGCCACCCACGUCAUUCAGCUCAAGGGAAUGGUUAGCUUUAUUGGGGGUAUUCUAUUCACAAUCUGUCUUUGUAAAAGACAAGAGACCAGAGAACAAGGAACGAGGAACCCCUUCCAGCAUUUUACUUUGUAGCAAUUAACUAUGUAUACUGUGAUAUAGUCUGGAAAAGGCUAGAGGACAUUCUUAAAUCAGGUCAAAUCAGGGAGGGGCAGAGGGAAAAAGAGGAAGGAGCAUUGGCUGGUUAAGUUGAGUAUUUGAGUAAGGUAAGCAGAAGCAGCAUGUUUAAAGGCAGGGCAAGGGACACAUAGUGGACAUUUUAUGAAAUAAGGGAAGUAAAAUUUCUGGGGAAAAGGCUUUACACCUAUUAAUAAGUCAUGAGCAUGAGCCUUGCAGAACGCAUUUAAUAUUUAAUAGAAAUAUCCCUGUGUGAGUCAUGCAAUUUCCUAUAGAAAUUAUAACACUUAUGUACACCCUCCGCUGGGCAUGACAGGCUAGGAUCACCAGGCUAUGAAUAGUCACCGUCACUGAAUCACUAUAAAAAGGAGCUGCCAGUGGAAUAGCAUGUCGCAAACAAAAACGGGGUAUUUGAAUACAAGCAAGCUGUGCUGGAAAAUGGGAAAUAUGGAAAUAGAGGCUUUAUUCUAGCCAAGGGGUGCUACAGAGCAAAUGGACUAACAGAUGUUGGAUGAUUGUUUCAUAAAAGCAAACCAAAGGAGAUUGCAAAAGUGCAGAUAAUGCAGUCAUUCAACCUGCAACCGCUUCAGAGCUAAAAACUGUAGGCUGAAGCCAACUGAAAGUCAAACUCAAGAUGUCUAAUGCUAUUCACAACUACAGGUUGGUGUAAAUGUACCGUAGCAUACUGAUAAAAUGUGGGAUUGACAGUUAUGAAUGCACAGCAGUUAAUGGUCUUACAGGACAAGAUAGCUUGCAUGUGAAAUACACAUAAUUUGUGUACUUGAUUAAAUUUCAGAGCUCUAACCAAAUUAUAUCCCAAACAGAAACUAAAAUGGCUAAUGGAUAAUUACAUUAGCAGAGAUUGUCAUCUUCUGCAAAUCCACCAUGUUAAAAAGUGAUUCUCGAGCUUUCUGCUGUUAGAGGUUUGUUGAGAACCAUCCUGUUUUUGUUAUGCUCAUUAAAAAGAAUAGGUCUUCACUCCUUUUCACUGAAUGCAAAUAUAAAGUUUCAGCCACUAUUUUCUUUGCUUUCUGUGUGUCCUUUAAAACAGAAAAAUAAAGAAAACAGAAGAAACUUUGUAUUUGUCAUUGUUAAAAACAACCUUGAACAUUAUUCUGAGUUGAGUCUUUCACAUUUUCUGUCAUAUGCUCCAAUAUGAUUUUUUUUACAUCAAAUAUAUUUUCUUAAUAGUACAAAUGACAAAAACAUGAACCACGUGUCUUUUUGUCAGUUAUUUAAACGCUAUUAGCACAAUUGUUAUCUACAUCAAAAAUGUGUUUGUUCCUGGACAGAUUCAGACAGUCACUGUCUGAAGCCUAUAUUGUUGCUAUUAUAAGAGUGAUGUGUCCUUGUAUUCCCAGAAAGUGAACAGAGAAAUGAAUAUGACAUUUGUUUUGUAAAGAAAGGAAGCAGUGUUUCCUUAGUUCUGCGGUUCUUUGUGUAAUGACUGCUUAGACUGUCUUCAGCAACCCCGUACAAGUCUCAAUCAAGGCAACCUGGUCUCAGACAGAACAUGCUGUAAUCAAUUUAAACCACACAAGACAAGAGCGUCUAAAGACGCAAACGUUGUGUGGCGGUGAAACGAGGCUGCAUCCAAAAUGGGCCCCUACAUUUCUCAACCUCACACCCUUUUCCAAAGAAUAUGGGAAAGGUAUUCAGUGCCUAAAACAUGCUUUGUCUCUCCAUCAUUACAGCUCCCAUCAACGCUUGCAUUUACAUCCCACAGAAACAAAUAUCAUAAUCAAUAGAAGCAUGUUGUUCACCAAAGCCAGGUACUCUUCCUUGGUGGAACAUUUUAAAAACAGAAUUUUUCCAUGGAGCUCGCUAGCUCCUAGAAUUAAACUUUGGGUUAUUUAUCAGGGCUGUAAAUAUGUACGUAACAGAAUUCCCAAACCCCAUAGAUGGAACUCUUUGAGGAAUUAAUUCUUACUCAUUCUGUUUGGAUUUGUAUUGCUGAAAGGGUUAGGAGAUGUUUGCUAAAUCAGGAUAUAUAAUAUAGCCAUAAAACAUGAGCAGGAUAAAUCCUUAUCACAUGUUCUAAUCAAGGUUAUAUCAAGGUUUUUGUUUCUGAAGUCCCAUGCUUAUUAUAUCUGUACAUCCAACUCCAACAUUUAUUUUCAUCCUAAAUACCUCUUGUUGAAAACAUAGACUUUUCCAGGUAAUUAUUGGUUAUUAUUUGAAUUGGAACAUCAUAUUAUUCCCUAUAAGGAGUUGCUGUAACAACUAUAGUGUAGGCCAGUAUAAUAUAUAGUUAUUUACAGUAGAAGUAAAGACUACUUUUUAAUAUAAAAAACGGUCAAAUUUAUUUACGUCACAAGAAAGCCUUUGUAUUUCUCAAGAACAUUUUUGCACCACAAUUAAAUACAAAUAUAAACAUGGAACUAAAAGCCAAAAUACAAUAUCUCUUUGAGAGAAAAUACGAUACGAUCAUUUGUUUUCAGUGUCUACCAAGAAUGGGUUCACUACAUACCUCAUGCCAUUUUUAAAUCUUCUGUUACUUUGACGUUUAAUUACUGAAAGUUGCUUCUGAUCCAUUGACCAAAAAUUUAUAUUAAAUCCACUUUUUUGCGACCAAUUUUCUAUUAGAUUGGUAAUAAACUAUCUGUAUGGAAAUACCGCAUGCUUAGAAGAUUCACCCAUGAUAAUGUUUAUUUGGGAUGUAUUUAACAAGGUGAUUGAGAAGAGACUAUAGCAAACUCUUAGUGCUGGGACAAGGGAACUUCUUCAGGCAUUUCCACAAGCCCAACUGAAAUGCUGGCUAUUGAGUGACUGAACCAUCUUUUGAUCAUGCCCCAAGUCUGCCCCACUGGCUAAUAUUUUGACAUUCAUGUCAACAUUCAAAUCUAAAUAAAAUGAACUUGCAUUAAUGAACUAAAUAAAGGAUGUACAUGACAAAAAUAUCCAUACACAGAUACUGUACCAAUCAUGUAUUGCAUUUAAUUCUGACACGGAAGUCUCUGGUAGACACUGAAAAACAAUUACGAUUGUAUUGUGUUUCCAUGGAUUGUACUUCAAUGUGUGAAUUUCUAUUUAAUUACGGCACAACAUAUCCUCCUUAUGUAUUGAUGUAUUAAUAAUAGAAUGGUAUUAAAUGCAUUCAAUUCUGUGA